CCAAUAACCCUAAUAAGUCCGAAACAUGGCGUCGCCGGAGCCGCAACAAGACCGCGGCGAUAAUGAAGAACCAUUAAAGAAAGAAGGUGGAGAAACAAAGCCUGGUCUAAUUUCUUUCGGUUUUAGCAAAAAGAUAAAUAAAGUCAAAACUGAGAAAGCAGAAGAGCGAGAUUUUUUAACAGGUGUCGAGGGAAAGGAACUAAAAAGCACCAAGCCGGUGGACAAACCUAAAGAGCUCAUCAUUCCUCUGAUCCAGAAGAACCGAUGGUACAGACACGAAGGGGUGAAGCAGGAGGAUGGGAAGGAAUCUCCAUCAGGACAGCAGCAGGACUCUGUGGAGUCUCAGGCCAUCAAAGAACUUAUUGAAGAGUCUCAGAAGCAGCAGGAGAGCUGGAAGAACGGUCCUCAGGUCGACCCGAACCUGUCCAUCCCACUGCUCAUGCAGAACCAGGUGCCGCAGGGUUUCGAGGAUGGAGAUCACAUUAGCGUGGACCUCCGGCCCGAGUCGGCCACAGAGGCUGAUUAUGAGCAGGUUCCGGUGGAGGCGUAUGGACUCGCCAUGCUGAAAGGAAUGGGCUGGAAGCAGGGAGAAGGCAUCGGUCGCACAUUCAAACAAGAUGUUAAACCUAUAGAACACCAGCUAAGACCCAAAGGCCUGGGUCUGGGAGCCGAUCGCUCUGCCAUUAAGGACCUGGAACCCUCUAGGCCCCGAAGACCACCCAAACCUGGAGAACAGAGGGAUAAAGAUGAUGAGGGGUUAGUGCUGGGCCCUGGAGGGUGUGUAUUGGUCCAAACCGGGGCUCACAAAGACCUCUACGGGAAGAUAGAGGGGGUAGAUACAGACAAUGCCAGAGUGGUGGUGAAACUUGCCAUUGGAGGGAAAUCAGUGACUAUCAGUCAGUACACAUUACGCCUGGUGCCUCAAAAAGAAUACGACAAAUACAGCAAAGACCUGAGCCGCCUCAGCAAAGCCCACAAGGAGAAAGAGAAGGAGAAAGAGAAGGAGAAGGAGAAAGAGAAGGAGCAGGAACGUGAAAAAGAGAGAGAGCGGGAGAAAGCACGCAAGCAGCAGAGACCAGAAGAGAAAGCGAACGGGAAAGACGAGCGGCGGAGAGAUCGGCACCUGGAGAGAGAGAAGGAUCGAGAGCACGAACAGAGGAAGAGGAAGCACAGAGAAACCGAUACGGACAGAGACAAACCUCCCCCGUCGAAGGAGUCUCGAUCGUCUCCAUCUUCCUGGCUCCAGAGAGACCUCCGCGUGCGCUUCAUAGACAAAAGCUUUAAAGGAGGCAAAUACUACAACUCUAAGAUGAGAAUCGAGGACGUCAUCGCACCACAAAUCUGUGUCUGUCGUACAGACGAAGGACGACUGCUAGAUGAUGUCAAACAGACGAUGCUUGAGACCAUUGUUCCCAAAGGAGAUGCAGAAAACAUCAUGGUGGUCCUGGGAGAAAACAGAGGACAGGUGGGCCACAUUUUAAAGCGUGAUAAGGAGAAGUGCAGGGCCAUGGUGCAGCUGGAGCGCUUCGAGGAGAAGGUCUUCACUCUGGACUACGACUCCAUCUGCCAUUACGUGGGCGAUCACUGACAAACACCUCACACAAAACAACCAGAUACCCUGCAGCCACCAACACGAUCGUCUCCACUCACCCCGGACGAGAUGCUUACAGCCACGACUAGCUGGAUUCACUCAGACGUGCUACUUCACAUGGAUCUCAUGAGCACUGUCGCCUCCUCAACAUGCGUCUGAGAUUUUACUGAUUACAGUUUAAUGUUGUUCACACUGCAUCCAGGUGGCUGGCUGGAGAGACUACAGAAAACUUGUCGGAUCCGAAAAAGGACUGGUCGGUGGUAUGAUUUGGGGUGUUCUUCACUGUCCUCUGUACAUAAUGAUGUUCUCUCCUCGUCAAGAUGCUGAAAACAGACUGCUUGUAGUAGAUUUUUGUACAUGUGCCAUAAUCAUUAUCAUAUCAGCUUUUUUUAUAUAAUAAAUCUCGUGUUGGUCGUCAA